UUGUAAGCGGAAGAAAAAUAAAUAAAACGUUAUUUCCGGUGUCCAGAGCCCGCCUCCUGUAUGCAGACCGCGGAUUUUUGAAAAUUACGACUGUUACAAGACGUCACGUAAAUCAAAAAGAGGCGAUCAACGAGCUCACAUUAAAACAUAUUGUCUGACAUCUGAACAUCAUGACGUCCAUUACUGAUCCAAACAUGAGUGACAGGUUUACCAGUGCAAUGGAGGAGAUCCAUAACAAACAGCUUAAAACAUAUGGGGAGAUAACUGAUGCAACGACAGAGCUGUGCCAGUCCCACAGACAGUUUGUGAAGUCUGCACUUGAUACAUGUUUAAAGAAAUGUACGGACGAUGAGAUGCUGUUUGAGACAAUACAGACAUUCAAAAGAGACUUGGAACAAAAAAAUGCCUCAUUGAAAGAGAAACAGCAUGCCAUUUCUGACAUGAUAUCUGAGAUUCAGCAGAAGGAGAUGCAGAAAGAUGACAUUAUCCAGAAGAUAGACAAACUCAAAGAAGAACAAGCCAAGAGAAAAGAGUUAAUCGAGUCUCAAAAUAAAGCAAACAAAGACAGACUGAGGAAUCUCCAGAAAGCCAGACUAGUCUUUCAGGAUCAUUUGGGGAUGGAGAUACGAACAAUCCUCGGCAAAACACAACUGGUUAAAGGUGAAAAGUUGCAGUUUGUUUUCCGGCAUAUUAACCGUUCAGUUCAGGACAGCGCCUUCGUUGUCACAAUGGGAAUUAAAGAAGACGGAUCAUACCAGAUUGUGUCAAGUGACCCUGCGCUCGAGUGUUUGCCAGUCUUGGAAAGCCGACUUCAGGAGACUAAUAACUUACCCGCAUUCCUGGCAAACGUCAGGAAGGAGUUUAUCGCUCUGGCACGCUGCUAAGAUUGGAAGGAAGGAAGGAAGGAUAAAAAAACAUGCAGUGAACUUGCUGCAAUGUGGACUAAUGUAAGCAAGGCGCACAGCUUUCAGUCUGUAUCUAUAGUACAGGCCUGUAAACAAAACAUCAGCUGCCUUGUCAAGACUAAUAGAUAUGGUUUUAAAAUACACUUCUGUGGGCAAUAAAUAAAAAGCCAUAUUAGAAAAAUCUGGACUUUUAGCUACAUAAAUACUGAUGUUAAUUGUAUGCAUAAGUGUCCUGUCUCAUUAUUUCUGAGCAUGGUCGUGUUACAGUCUAUUGGAAAUUGUGUUUGGCAUUGAUUCAAACCCUGGAGUUUGGCCUCGAGAGAACAGGUGUUCUGGUAGAAAUUAUUGUAUUUUGUGUUUCUCUAAAUUCUGAAAAAUGUACUAGUUUACUGUAGAUGCUCUUCAAAAGUUAAGAAAGAUUCACAUAUAAUGUAAACAGUUUUCCUUUAUUUUCUUAUGUCAUUACUCAGAAGUGGGUGGGGGGAAGUAUAUUGUUUUUAUUUUCCCGGUUUCCAUUUUACUUAUAUUAAUCAUAUUAAUCUAUUAAAAUACAUAUUUAUUAAAUACUCUAUAGUUGAGUUCAUCUGUACACAAUGGGGCAUAAAUAAUGAAAAAAAUAAUCAUUAAUAUCAUAUAAAAAUUCACAUACCGUAUGAAUCCUAACAGCAUUACAAAAUACAAAAUCAUUACAAAUUUACAACAUUACAACUCUAGAUCCUGACUGUCAGCAGAGGAACAUGUAUUACUAAACUGAAUGCUUUUGUCUUUAUUAACCAUUUUAAAGCAAUGAAUAACAUUAGUCAGUACAAACACAGAAUCUGCGUUUUUAUGAGGCUUCCAGUUGCCAUUUAAUUUGUGGCACAGCAGAAGGUACUCUCUUUGAUUCAGGGUGAGUUUUGUAUUUUAUAUAUAUAUAUUCACGUCAAUCAGGCGUCAGAUGAUUUGACUUUGCUUAACACAGGCAGCUCCUCAACAUAGGUUGAUGGGAAAUGGCCUGUCUUCCCGUUAAGUUCGCCAAACCACCAACCAUUCUCUUCCUUUGCGUGAAUGUCUAAAAGAUCUCCUGUGAAACAAAAAAACAGUUAUUUCAUUAGAUCAGUUAUACACCUCUACUGUUUUAGAUAAUCUGCAGUUGAGUUGCCACUUACCUUCUUUCAAAGUCAAUUCAUCAUCCUGUUCAGGUGUGAAAUUGUACAGGGCCUUGCAUUUUCCUAUACUGCACAACUCUGGUGUUGUUUGACCUGUUCAGUGUUGAUAUUUUUAAUUGCUUUAAUUUUAUGAAAUUCCAAAUGUGAUGAAUAGAAAUAAAUAUUUGUGUUGAUGCUCUGGAAA